UGUCUGAGUUACAUCAGAGUAGUCGUCAACUAAAAACAUAAUCAUGAGCGGAAGAGGCAAAGCAGGCAAAUCAAAGGGAGGCAAAUCCAAGACCAGGUCGUCCCGUGCUGGACUCCAGUUCCCAGUCGGUCGUAUCCAUCGACUGUUGAGAAAAGGAAAUUACGCCGAGCGUGUCGGAGCCGGAGCACCUGUAUAUCUGGCCGCCGUCAUGGAAUACUUGGCAGCUGAAGUUUUGGAACUGGCCGGUAAUGCUGCCCGUGACAACAAGAAAUCUCGUAUCAUUCCCAGACAUUUGCAAUUGGCAAUCAGGAACGACGAAGAAUUGAACAAAUUAUUGUCCGGUGUCACAAUCGCUCAAGGCGGUGUGUUGCCCAACAUCCAAGCCGUUCUUUUGCCCAAAAAGACCGAGAAGAAAGUCUAAUUUGUUUGCUAACUACCCAAAAACUUCCCUUAUUAAAAAAAAAGCCCUUUUCAGGGCU